GGAAACGCCUGACUGACCUCUUGGGCAAGAUGGCGGCGCUCAUGAAGUAGAGAGGGCAGAGCGGGCACAGAAUGAGAGGUUCGGUAGGGGCGUGCCUGGCGCACAUUCACCGGGUAGUCUUGGUGCCGCCGUCAGCUUGCCGCGGGCUGCACGUCUACGCGAGGCAGAGGGGCAGCUGGACGGCCAUUCAUCAUCCAGCCAAACGCAAGUAUGUUACCCAGCACCAGAGCCUGCGCCAAAGAGCCAAACCAAAACAGGAGAUUACAGAGCUGGCGGCCCAGGAAGAGAGAGUCACGCAAGACUUGAAAUCAGUAGCGGCCGUGCACGCUCCGUCGCCUGCCGAAGUGUCCAAAGAUGAACAUCCUCAGGGUCCGUCGGAGGCUGCGCCGAGCGGCACUCCGUCCCCGGCAGGCAGUGAAGAUCGGGGGUGGAAGGAGAUGAAGCUGGAGAUGUCUUCUCUACCCGGCACCCUGGCCAGGCUCUCCAAAAUCAGACUAUCCGCCUUGGUGGUGAUCACCGCGUCGGCCGGCUAUGCCAUGGCACCCGUGCCCUUUGACCCGAUCUGCUUCCUGGUCGCCUCUGUUGGAACUGGGCUGGCUUCCUGCGCUGCCAACUCCAUCAACCAGUUUUUCGAGGUGCCUUUCGAUUCCAACAUGAACAGGACAAAGAGCCGGCCUCUGGUGCGCGGCCAGAUCAGUCCCUUAGUGGCGGUGUCCUUUGCCGCGGCCUGCGCGGUUCCCGGGAUCUCCCUGCUGACGUACGCCGUUAACCCUCUGACGGGCGCGCUGGGUGCCUUUAACAUCUUGUUGUACACAUGCUGCUACACACCCAUGAAGAGGCUCAGCAUCGCCAACACUUGGGUGGGCGCCGUGGUGGGCGCCAUUCCACCGGAUGGUUGGACGGCAGCAACUGGGACCCCUGGAUGCUGUUCCAUACACAGCGCCAUGGGUCCUUCUGAGGUGGCGCUCUGGAACAUGGCGUCUGGGCUCGCACUUGGAGCACGAAAGAUGUCAGAGAGAUAG